GUAUGAUUUGCGAAUUGGAAUUUCAUCUCUCGUUUCGAAUCAAAAUUAUGAAUGAAAAUCGAUGUUUCGAGGUUUCUUCCUGAAUCUGUGGCAUCCAAUGCGAUAAACUCUUCGAUGAUGACGGUAAAUUUGCAGCUUGCCGAUAUUUUUCAAUACGUCGGAGGAGGAAGCAGGUUGAUAGUCGAAGGUGAACGGGUGUUUCAAGCUAACCACUUGCUUCUUGUCGGAGUUCAAACCGUGCACGAGGACGGCUUUACCAUAUUUGCGACUUGUUUGAAGUCAUCAUCACCUAGAGCUGAUCCACACAAAAUUUCCAUCCGCACCAGACCUUCCUUUGAAAAGUGGUCUUUUCAGUGUUCGUGCAAAGCUGGAGUGGGAAAAUGCAAACACAUAAUGGCCGUUUUAAAACAUCUUCUAAUGUUCCCUUCAGUUCCAUUGCUUACAGUAACAGAUUUGCAACAAAAGUGGGGUAAAAUUGCAGAAAAAGUUGCUGACGAUAUGUACAAGACAACACCAUUGACCGCAUUCUGCAAAAAAAUGACGAAUACAAAAGAUACGACUGAAGCUGCCUCGCCGGCGGGUUUGACUCACGAUGAGGGUACCAACAUUCUUCAGCUUUUCGUGAUAGGUUUGCUUCCAAUUUAUUGAUCGAUUUUGAAAAUUGAAAAUUUUAAUUAUUAAUUAUUAGGAUUCCCUGAAAGCGGUCUGGCAUACGAAAAGAAAGGACGAGAAAUGAAAAAUAUUGACAAAAAUGAUGAAUCUGAUGUUCUGAAUACACUUAUCGAUAUAGAUGUGCAAAGUCAUUCUACAGAAUCCAUUGAUUCGUUAAUUUCUAUUGAAGAAAAUAUGACUUGCAGUCUACUUAAAUCCAUUGCCUUCUCGCAGCUAGAAUAAAAUAUUAGACAUUAGUAUUUUAGAAUGCAACAGAAAAACACUACUUACUAGGAACAACAAAGUUUGUAAUGCUAAAAUGUAAGCUGCAAGCUUUCGACGACGGAGAUGGCUCAUAAUUCAGUCGCAAUUUUGUCAACCAAACCUUAUACCGUUUUCUAUCCGCCUUCGGGGGAAAGUUGUGGAAUGAAUAUCCUUGGCCAUUCCGUGUACGACAUCCAGGAACUAUACAAACCACUUUACUAGAAUGCGGUGUUAUAGAUUGAAUCCCGAUAUUUUCAUCACAAGGCUCGUUGCAAGGUUCACUUUGCUUCCACUCGGCCAUUUUCUCCACGAAGCACUGCACUGCAAAUGAAUUGUAUCGUAAUGUUUUUCGCUUUAUUAUUAAAGACAAUGAAUUGACAGAACUGUUUAAUAUAACAGCACUUCAUUUCUUUUCAAGUUUCAUUCAUAAUUUUAUUAAAGAAAUUACCCUAAAAUCUCAGUCCUCCAGAUGCGCCUAUUUUUUCUGCCUCCUACAAACGCUGAAUGAGGCCAGAAUAUUCGUUAUUCACCGUAAUAUGCUGUUUGAAAGCUGUUUAAAGAUUCCUAAAACCAGCAGACGACACAAUCAAAGAAUUACAAUGAGUAAUCACUGUAUCAAAUUUGUAUAUUUUCGAUGGCGGUUUGUUUAUGUUUUGCCCCCUAAUGAGAAGCCAACACCUGCCAACACCAGG